CCUCGCACUGGCAUCUUCAGUGUGGGCAUCCGGCUGUCCGCAGUCUCUGGUCAUCUCAUGUACUAUGUCUGCAGUCUCUGGUCAUCUCCUGUACUGUGUCCGCAGUCUUUGGUCAUCUCCUGUACUGUGUCCACAGUCUCUGGUCAUCUCCUGUACUGUGUCCACAGUCUCUGGUCAUCUCCUGUACUGUGUCCGCAGUCUCUGCUCAUCUCCUGUACUAUGUCCGCAGUCUCUGGCCAUCUCCUGUACUGUCCGCAGUCUCUGGUCAUCUCCUGUACUAUGUCCACAGUCUCUGGUCAUCUCCUG